CCUCUCUAUGAUCCGUUGCCGCGUUGCGAGUGGGUGUCAUGGCGGCCGGCGUCGAGUUGGCAGUAGUUGCCCACGGAACUGGGGAAAGUCACUAAACCAGAGGAAGAAGUGGCCCAACCCGGACGGUGGGAAGUCGUGGGAAUGAGCAGAGGCCCCGCGGGGGUGACCGUGUGACAGGAGGCGGGCCCCUGGUAAAGUCUCAGGCCGGGCCUCUGCGCUUCUAUGCAGAGCCGGACGUUGGUGGGAGCCCCCGCGAAGCCGGCGUUGCCUAGGAACCCCUCAUUGUGUUAUCGAACCUUGAGUGUUUAGAUUUUGGAGCGAAGGCAACCCUUCGAGGACAUUUGGCGGGGUCGUCCGACGGUGCUGGUCGCUUUUCGCGGAGCGGACCAAGUCGUUUCUCUAACCCGCAGCGAUGUCGUCCUGGUUUGGGAGCCUCGGCUCCGGCUUGGGCCAAGUAGGGGGCAGCCUGGCUUCCCUUACUGGCCAGAUUUCAAACUUUACCAAGGAUAUGCUGAUGGAAGGCACGGAGGAAGUAGAAGCAGAAUUACCUAAUUCUAUGAGAAAGGAAAUUGAAGCCACUAUUACAAUCUUGAGAUCGGAGAAUGAAAGACUUAAGAAACUUUGUGCUGAUCUAGAAGAGAAGCUUGAAGCUUCAGAACUUCAAAUAAAACAUCAAUCUACAAGUUAUCGAAAUCAGCUACAGCAAAAAGAGGUAGAAAUCAGCCAUCUUAAAGCAAGACAGAUUGCACUGCAGGAUCAAUUGCAGAAGUUGCACUCAGCUGCCCAGUCCGUAAAACCAGGAGCAGGCAGUGUACCAACAACCCCAGCGUCUUCAUUCGGCUACGGUAUCAGUCACCAUGCUUCAGCUUUCCAUGACGAUGGCAUGGACCUUGGUGACAUAAUUUCAUCACAGCAAGAAAUAAACAGACUGUCAAAUGAAAUUUCAAGACUUGAAUCUGAAGUUGGACAUUGGAGGCAUAUUGCUCAGAUUUCUAAAUCACAAGGAUCAAGUAGCUCCGAUCAAAGUGAAAUAUGCAAACUGCAAAAUAUUAUUAAGGAACUUAAACAAAACCGAAGUCAGGAAAUCGAUGAUCAUCAAAAUGAAAUGUCAGUUUUACAAAAUGCACAUCAACAGAAAUUGACAGAAAUAACUCGUCGGCAUCGAGAAGAAUUAAAUGAAUAUGAAGAACGAAUUGAAGAGCUGGAAAAUCUGUUACAACAAGGUGACUCAGGAACUGCAGUAACUGAUCACUCUAAAAUUCAUGAGAUGCAAAGAACUAUUCAAGUUCUACAAACUGAAAAAGUAGAGUCUUCAAAAAAAAUAGAAGAACUUGAGGAUACAAUACAAGACAUAAGUAAAAAAUUAUCUUCUUCUGAAAAUGACAGAGAAGUUUUGAGGAAGGAACAGGAACGACUAAACGUGGAAAACAGACAAAUAAUUAAAGAAUGUGAAAGCUUGAAACUGGAAUGUAGUAAAUUGCAACCUUAUGCUAUGAAGCAAAGUGAUACUGUGAAGGAAAAGGAAAUAAUUCUUCCACAGAAUGCAUCACUUGAAGAAGACGUAUUCAGACUACAGCAGGCACUGCCUGAUGCUGGAAAUGAAAUAACAAGACUGAGUAAUUUAAACCAGGAUAAUCUUGCUGAAGAUAAUCUGAAACUUAAAAUGCGUGUACAAGUUUUAGAAAAAGAGAAUUCAUUACUGAGUGAAGAAAAGGAAGACCUUCAGAUAUCACUUUUAAAACUAAAGAAUGAAUAUGAAGAAAUUAGAAGUACAGCUGUAAAAGAUAUGGAUUUGGAAUUGAAAUUACAUGACUUAAGACUUAAUUUGGAGGCAAAGGAACAAGAACUCAAUCAGAGUAUUACUGAAAAGGAAAUACUAGUAGCUGAGUUAGAAGAAUUGGAUAAGCAGAACCAAGAAGCUACAAAGCACAUGAUUUUGAUAAAAGAUCAGCUAUCAAAACAACAAAAUGAGGGAGAUAGCAUCAUCAAUGACCUGAAAAAAGAUCUAAAUGAUGAAAAAAAGAGAGUCCAUCAACUUGAAGAUGAUAAAAUGAACAUUACUAAAGAGUUAGGCUUACAGAAAGAAAAGUUAAUUCAAAGUGAACUAGCCUUAAGUGACUUGCAUUUAACCAAGCAGGAGCUAGAGGAUAAAAUAGAAAAUUUAGUAGCUCAACUAAAUAAAUCACAAAAUGAUAAUUUAAAUAUCCAGAAGGAGAACUUUGAACUCAAGGAACAUAUUAAACAAAAGGAGGAGGAACUUUCUAGAGUCAGGUAUGAGUCAACUCAGUCUCUUAAUCAAGACUCUAACAGUGACUUUAAGGAUGACUUACUUAAAGAAAGGGAAGCUGACAUUAGAAACUUAAAGCAAAAUCUUUCAGAAGUAGAACAGCUCAAUGAAAAUUUAAAGAAAGCUACUUUUGAUCUCAAAAUGGAAAAUGAAAAGUUGGUUUUAGCAUGUGAAGAUGUAAGACAUCAAUUGGAAGAAGCUAUUGCUGGUAAUAAUCAGAUUUCUCUAGAAAAAAACACUAUUUUGGAGGCUCUUAAAAUGGAAAAAGGACAGUUAGAAGCAGCAUUGUGUCAGGCUGAAAACAGGCUGUUAGAAGAAGCAAAAAAGUAUGAGCAAACCAUUGAAGAACUGUCGAGUGCGCGCAAUUCCAGUGCUUCUGCUUUACAGCUGGAGCAUGAGCGUUUAGUGAAACUCAAUCAAGAAAAAGACUUUGAAAUAGCAGACCUCAAAACGAAUAUUAAGCAAAUAGAUAGCGAUCAUAAAGAGACUCAGAAAAUUUUGUCAUCUAAUUUAGAAGAGCGGAAGCAAUUGACACAACUUAUAAAUGAGAAAGAAAUUUUUAUUGAAAAACUUAAAGAGAGAAGUUCAGAACUCCAGGAGGAAUUAGAUAAAUAUACUGAAACCUUAAGAAAAAAUGAAAAUUUGAAGCAAACCUUAGAGGAAAAAGACAGAAUCCUUGGAUCUAUGAAAGAAGAAAACAAUCACCUAAAAGAGGAACUGGAACGACUCAGGGAACAACAGAAUCGCGCUGCACCUGUGGCUGAGCCUAAAACCCUUGACUGUAUUACAGAGCUAGAAUCUGAGGUAUCUCAGCUGAAUAUAAUAAAGGGUACUCUCGAAGAGGAAAUAAGGCAUCAUCAAAAGGUAAUUGAAGAUCAAAACCAGAGUAAAAUGCAACUACUUCAGUCUUUACAGGAGCAAAAGAAGGAAAUGGAUGAGUUUAAAUACCGGCACGAGCAAAUGAAUGUCACACACACCCAACUCUUUCUAGAGAAAGAUGAGGAAAUAAAGACCUUGCAAAAAACAAUUGAAGAAAUCAAAACUCAGUUGCAUGAAAAAAGGCAGGGUGUUCAAACAGAGAAUUCUGAUAUUUUUCAAGAAACAAAAGUUCAGAGCCUUAACAUAGAAAAUGGAAGUGAAAAGCAUGAUUUAUCUAAAGCAGAAACUGAAAGAUUAGUAAAAGGAAUAAAAGAACGGGAAUUGGAGAUAAAAAUUCUAAAUGAAAAGAAUAUAUCUUUAACUAAACAGAUUGAUCAGCUGUCCAAGGAUGAGGUUGGUAAACUAACUCAGAUUAUCCAGCAGAAAGAUUUGGAGAUACAGGCUCUUCACGCCAGAAUUCCCUCAGCUUCUUACACACAGGAUAUUGUGUACCUUCAACAGCAGCUGCAGGCCUUUGCUGUGGAAAGAGAACAAGUAUUAGCUGUUUUGAGUGAGAAGACUCGGGAAAAUAGCCAUCUAAAAACGGAAUAUCACAAAAUGAUGGAUAUAGUUGCUGCCAAAGAAGCAGCCCUCAUUAAGCUGCAAGAUGAAAAUAAAAAAUUUUUCACUAAAUUUGAAAGUAGUGGCCAAGAUAUGUUUCGAGAAACUGUUCAGAAUUUAUCACGUAUCAUUCGAGAAAAAGACAUUGAAAUAGAUGCAUUAAGUCAGAAAUGUCAGACCUUAUUGACAGUUUUACAAACAUCCGGCACUGGUGACCAGGCUGGAGGUGUUAAUAGUAAUCAGUUUGAGGAGCUUCUACAGGAACGUGACAAAUUAAAACAACAAGUCAAGAAAAUGGAAGAGUGGAAACAGCAGGUGAUGACCACAGUACAAAAUAUGCAACAUGAGUCAGCCCAGCUUCAGGAAGAACUUCAUCAACUCCAGGCACAAGUUUUGGUUGACAGUGAUAAUAAUUCCAAGUUACAAGUGGACUAUACUGGUCUGAUCCAAAGUUACGAGCAGAAUGAAACCAAACUCAAAAAUUUUGGUCAGGAAUUAGCCCAAGUCCAGCAUAGUAUCGGGCAGCUCUGUAACACCAAAGAUCUCCUUUUAGGAAAACUUGAUAUUAUUUCACCUCAGUUCUCUGCUGGAUCAUCACUUACACCCCAGUCAGCAGAGUCUGUAAGAACAGGUAAGUCUGAAACAUUGAGUGAGUCUUCUCAGCAAGAGAUAGAGGAGCUAAGAAAGUCGCUACAGGAAAAAGAUGCCGCAAUUCGGACCCUCCAGGAAAAUAAUCACAGAUUGUCUGAUUCAAUGGCUGCCACCUCAGAGCUCGGAAAAAAAGAACACGAGCAAACAGGUGCAGAAAUUAAGCACUUGAAAGAAAAACUGGAUGUUCUACAGAAGUCACUUAUGGAGAAGGACCUUUUAAUCAAAGCCCAAAGUGAUCAGUUGCUUUCCUUAAAUGAAAACUACACUAACAAGGUAAAUGAAAAUGAAUUGCUGAGGCAGGCAGUGACAAACCUGAAAGAAAGAAUAGUAAAUUUAGAAAUGGACAUUUGUAAAUUAAAAGAGGAAAAUGAAAAAGUAGUAGAAAUAAACAGAGAAAAGGAAACAGAAUACCAAGCAUUACAAGAGACUAAUAUGAAAUUUUCUAUGAUGCUGCAAGAAAAAGAGUUUGAGUGCCAUUCAAUGAAAGAGAAGGCUCUUGCUUUUGAGCAACUACUGAAAGAAAAGGAGGGUGAGACUGGGGAGUUAAAUCAGCUUUUAAAUGCAGUUAAGUCAAUGCAGGAGAAGACAGUUACAUUUCAGCAGGAGAGAGACCGAGUCAUGUUGGCCCUGAAACAGAAGCAAAUGGAAAACGCUGCUCUACAGAAGGAGGUUCAGCAUUUGCGUGACAAAGAAUUACGCUUAAAUCAGGAGCUAGAGAGACUGCGUAACCAUCUUUUAGAAACAGAAGAUUCUUAUACCCGUGAAGUCUUGGCUGCAGAAGACAGAGAGGCUAAACUAAGAAAGAAAGUCACAGUAUUGGAGGAAAAGCUGGUUUCGUCCUCUAAUGCAAUGGAAAAUGCAAGCCAUCAAGCCAAUCUGCAGGCAGAGUCACUGCAGGAACAGUUGAAUGUAGUCUCCAAGCAAAGGGAUGAAACUGCCCUGCAGCUCUCUGUGUGUCGGGAGCAAGUAAAGCAGUACGCGCUGUCGCUCUCCAACCUGCAGAUGGUGCUGGAGCACUUCCAGCAAGAGGAAAAAGCUAUGUAUUCUGCUGAACUAGAAAAGCACAAACAGCUUGUAGCCGAAUGGAAGAAAAAGGCAGAAAAUCUGGAAGGGAAACUGAUGUCAUUACAGGAGCGUUUGGAUGAAGCAAAUGCUGCAUUGGAUUCAGCAUCAAGACUCACAGAGCAAUUAGAUUUAAAGGAAGAACAAAUUGAACAACUUAAAAAACAAAAUGAGCUCCGACAAGAAAUGCUGGAUGAUGUGCAAAAGAAAUUGAUGAACUUAGUAAACAGCACAGAAGGAAAAGUAGACAAAAUCCUGAUGAGAAACCUCUUCAUUGGACAUUUCCACACACCAAAAAAUCAGCGCCAUGAAGUGUUACGAUUAAUGGGAAGCAUCCUAGGUAUCAAAAAGGAGGAAAUGGAGCAGUUGUUGAAUGAAGAUCAGGGCGGCGUUACCAGAUGGGUGACUGGGUGGCUUGGAGGAGGAUCAAAAAGUGUCCCCAACACACCUCUGAGACCAAAUCAGCAAACUGUGUUUAAUAGUUCUUUUUCAGAACUUUUUGUUAAAUUUCUAGAAACAGAAUCUCAUCCAUCUAUUCCACCACCUAAGCUUUCUGUUCAUGACAUGAAACCUUUAGAUUCACCAAGGAGAAAGAAACUGGAUACAAAUGUACCAGAAAGUUAUAAAGAUACGACAGAAGCGAGGCCUGGUAGAAGAACGGAUGUGAAUCCAUUCCUGGCAACCCGCUCUGCGGCCGUGCCUCUUAUUAACCCAGCUGGACUCGGACCUGGGGGGCCCGGGCACCUUCUUUUGAAACCCAUUUCAGACGUGCUGCCCACGUUUACGCCUUUGCCAGUGUCACCUGACAACAGUGCUGGCGUUGUUUUGAAGGGCCUUUUGAAGCAAUAGAUGACUCUCAAGCCAGAAAUGACAGACAUAGCACUUUAAAGAAACCAUGAACACUAUAUAUAUGUACUUUAUCACAAAGUGGCCUUUGGGAAAAAGUCAUGUAUUUGUCUGCAGUUGUAUUUUCUCUAAAUUUAAUAAAAAUAUUCUUAAUGCUUUUAGAAAUGGCAGGUGUCACGGGAGGAAAUGUUUGCUAUCUUACUGCUUUCUUUCCUUCUCUGAUUUGACCCAAUUUAAGCUAGAAACAUUUGAUUUUUUUAUCUUAGCAAAAAUAAGAAAAAUAAAAAGACAAUACUACUAGCUGUAUAUCAGCUUUUUAUUUUUUUUCUCUGAUUUUCAAACUCAUUUAAGCUAGUAGUGACAUGUGAUUGGUCUUUUAAAGAUAAUCAAGAGAUUUACCAAAAAAGAAAGGAAGAAGAAAAUAGUAGUGGCUUAUCUGUGUAGUGCAGAAAACUGAUCUGAACUGUGUGUUAAUCAUCCUCAGAGGACUUGGUGUGGACAGGCCAAGAACAGCGCUGUCCCUGGGAGGACAGAGGUGUCCUGAGGUGGGAUGUGUGUGUACUGGGUUCUAUGCAAUUUUAUCACGUGUCGAUUCAUGUGAUCCACCACUACAGUACAGAUACAUCAUGUGACCCCUCAGGCUACCCUUUUAAAAUCAGCCACUUCCUUCCCUGGCCCCUUCCCUUAACCUCUGGCAACCACCAAGUGCUCUCCCAUUUCUAGAAUUUUCUCACUUCAAGAAUGCUAUAUAAAUGGAAUCAGACAGGAUGUAACCUUUUGGGGUGGACUUUUUCACUCAGAACAAUGCCCUUGAGAUCCAUCCAAAUUCUUGCAUGUACAGUAUCAGCCAUUCUCUUUUUGUUGUCAAGUACAUAUUAUCAAUAUGCGAUUUGGUUUUAAGAGUAUCGGUAUCUUUUUAAAGAUAUCAUCUUAAAGCUAAUUGUUUUCUUAACACACAUACACAGAGCUUGCGUAUAAGUGUUAAAGCGUACAGCUGCAUUUACGAAGCUAUAAUUAGCAAUAUCGCCAAAUGUGACGCCUUCCGCCUCUGUCUGAGAGGCUGAUGUGAGAGCGAUGCCAGUCGAGUUGCCCGUUCUCACCCUCAUAGUCGCUGAGGGCAGUGAAGGUACUUCAGCAGCACCAGCACCAGGUGUUGGGAACUUACGAACAAGGGAGUAUUUAAUUUUUUUAUAAACCCAUCAUGAAAAAUCAUGACUUAGAACUUAAUCGGGACGUUCACAUUUGUAUUAGUUGUUGAAGUUGUAUAUUUAAAGACAUUUGUUGGAAAUUUUGUAAAUUUCAAUAUGCCUUUAAAAUAGAAACAUCUGUAUAACGGGAAGGCGAAAAUGACACUAAUCCAAAUAUGUAAAUAGUCCUGGCUCCGGGCAGGGUAAUUUGAUUAUUUGUAAAUUUUGCUGUGACUAACUGUACACUUUCUACUGUCUUUAGAAGAUUGGAAGUCUUCAUGUAUUGAUGGGUUAAACUGGUUUUUCUGGAGAAUUUAGUAACUGAGGCAUUGCUGCUUCACCACGUCCUGUUUCCUUAGCUAAUUUAUUUAUAUUGCUGUUCUUUAUUUAGUAUAUGGUAAAGGAAGUUGUCAUACCAGUUCUAUAUUAGAACUGUCAAACUGUCUCCUGUCUGUUCUAUCCAUUAUUUCUCUUAUGAAAUUAUUACUCUUGGGUUUUAUAUGAUCCUUUUAAAGACAUUUUUACUGACCAUCCUAAAUUAUUUGCUGCUUGCCAUUGAAGUUUCAUUUCAGUGUGGAGCAUCUGAAAUAAAAGUUUCUAAGUUAAAAAA